AUGCCGUCGCGUAACGUUUUGGCAUGUGGCACCGGCGGGCAUGGCGCGAGGCCGACCCGCAUUUCACGGAGGGGUCAGGGAGGAUCCCGCACGGCUUAUUCCGGCGCGUCCGCUUGCGGGCGGUCCAACGGUGUCGUGCGCGCUUCUCCCCGGUUCGUUUUUGACAUGCACUCGAGGGAGGACAACUCAAUGAGUGACAACCAAGGUUCAGCGGACAACUACUGGACCAAGAACCUGCGGCUGAUCGGCCUCUGCCUGGUGAUCUGGGCAUUGGCAUCGUUCGGUUUCGCAAUUUUGCUGCGUCCGCUGGUGUCGGGCAUUGCGGUCGGCGGCACCGAUCUGGGCUUCUGGUUUGCCCAGCAGGGCUCGAUCCUGGUGUUCCUGGUCCUGAUCUUUUUCUACGCAUGGCGCAUGAACGCGAUCGAUCGCGAAUUCGGCGUCGACGAAUUCUAUGCCGCCGGCCGCGGCGUGAACCCGGUCCUCAACGGCAUGGCCACCGCAGCGGACUGGAUGUCCGCCGCAUCGUUCAUUUCGAUGGCCGGCCUGAUUGCCUUUGUCGGUUACAACAACUCCCUGUUCCUGAUGGGCUGGACCGGCGGCUACGUGCUGAUGGCCAUGCUGCUUGCGCCCUAUCUGCGCAAGUUCGGCAAGUUCACGGUGCCCGAGUUCGUCGGCGACCGUUACUAUUCCAACGCCGCGCGCGUGGUGGCCGUCAUCUGCCUCAUCGUCAUCUCCGUGACCUACGUGAUCGGCCAGAUGCGCGGCGCGGGCAUCGCCUUCUCCCGCUUCCUGGAGAUCGACAUCUUCUGGGGUCUGAUCACCGCGGGUGCGGUCGUCUUCGUCUACGCCGUUCUGGGCGGCAUGAAGGGCAUCACCUACACCCAGGUGGCGCAGUACUGCGUGCUCAUCGUCGCCUACACCAUCCCGGCGAUCUUCAUCUCGCUGAACCUGACCGGCAACCCGAUCCCGGGCCUGGGCCUGUUCUCGACGAUGUCGGAAGGCAAUGCGGGCGAAGGUCAGUAUUUGCUGGUCACGCUUGACCAGUUGCUGACCGAUCUCGGCUUCAGGGAGUAUACGGCGACGACCAAUCCAUGGCUGAUGGCGCUCUACACGCUGUCGCUGAUGAUCGGUACCGCCGGUCUGCCGCACGUCAUCAUCCGCUUCUUCACCGUUCCGAAGGUGGCCGAUGCGCGCUGGUCUGCCGGCUGGGCGCUGGUGUUCAUCGCGCUUCUGUACCUGACGGCUCCCGCCGUUGGUGCGAUGGCACGCCUGAACAUCACCACCACCAUGUGGCCUGCUGGUAUCGAGGGCGAAGCGGUGGCGGUCGAAGAACUGCCCGACUGGUUCGAGACGUGGCAGGUCACCGGCCUGCUGGGCGUCGAGGACAAGAACGGCGACGGCCGCAUCCAGUACUACAACGACGCCAACCCGGACAUGCAGGCCAUCGCGGCCGAACGCGGCUGGGAAGGCAACGAGCUGGUCACCUUCAACCGUGACAUUCUCGUCCUCGCCAACCCCGAGAUCGCGCAAUUGCCCGGCUGGGUGAUCGCACUGAUCGCGGCGGGCGGUAUCGCGGCGGCACUGUCCACGGCGGCGGGUCUGCUAUUGGCGAUCUCGUCGGCGAUCAGCCACGAUCUGAUCAAGUCGGUCUUCAAUCCGAACAUCUCGGAGAGAGGCGAACUGCUCGCGGCGCGCAUAUCGAUGGCCGUGGCGAUCGUCGUGGCGGUCUGGCUGGGUCUGAACCCGCCCGGAUUUGCGGCGCAGGUCGUGGCGCUGGCCUUUGGUCUGGCGGCGGCAACGCUGUUCCCGACGCUGAUGAUGGGCAUCUUCUCCAAGCGGAUGAACUCCGCCGGCGCGACGGCAGGCAUGCUGGCCGGUCUGAUCACGACCUGUCUGUACCUGUUCCUGUAUCUGGGCUGGUUCUUCAUCCCGGGAACUGCGCUGCUGGACAGCUCCCAGUAUCUGUUCGGCAUCCCGCCAACCCACUUCGGCCCGAUCGGCGCGGUGUUCAACUUCGCUGUGGCCUAUGCGGUUGCCCAGGCUACCGCUGCUCCGCCCCAGCACAUCCAGGAUCUGGUCGAAAGCGUCCGGAUUCCCCGGGGCGCCGGCGCUGCCGUCGACCACUGGCGCGCGCCGUUCCGGGCGCUCAACCCCGACCAUUUCUCCGCGCUGACGCGGAACGCGACCGAGCACAGCGCCGCCGCCGACGAGCUGGUCUGCGCGAUCGGCGAUCCGAUCGCCGGGCUGCAUGUGAUCACCGCCGGCACGAUGCAGCUGAUCUCCGCCGAGGGCGAAGUGCUCGCCGACAUGCACGCCGGCGACGUGUUCGGCCACCGCGCCCUGUUGCGCGAAGGCAGGGCGAUCCUGCGCGUCGAAGCGCGCACCGAUGCCGACUAUGUGGUCAUAGCGGCCCCGACCUUUCUUUCGAUCAUGGACGCCGAUCCGGUCUUCGCCUCCUUUUUCAGGCGCCGUGCCGAUGCGCCGGCAACGGCCGCGCCGCGCGCGGCGCCAGCCGUCAACAUGGUCGCCACGCGCCUCGGCGACCUGAUGACCGAAAAGCCCAUGGCGCUGCCUGAAACAUCCAGCGUCCGGCAGGCCGCCGAAGCCAUGUGGGAGCGGCACAUUUCCUGCACGCUCGUUACCGGAGAGGGUGGAAAGCUGGUCGGCAUCGUCACCGCCGGCGAUCUGGUCGGAAACGUGAUCGCCCGCGGCAUGGACGCCGAAACCCCGCUGACCGAGGUUAUGGCCCGCGAUCCGGUCGCGCUCAGCCCCGAUGCGACCAUGCUCGACGCCGUCAUGGUGAUGACCGAAAAGCGUAUCGGCCACCUGCCGGUCGUCGGCGCCGACGGCACGCCGCAGGGCAUCGUCACGCAGACCGAUCUGGUGCGCCGGAACUCCAAUUCGCUGAUCUACAUGAUCGCCGACAUCAACCGCCGCGAGACCUAUGAUGGGCUCGCCGAGGUCGUUGCGCGCAACCCGCAAAUGCUGGUCGAGCUGGUUGCGAGCGGCCUCGAGGGCCAUCAGGUCGGCCGGAUGAUGACCGGCAUCACCGAUGCGGUGACCCGACGCCUCAUCGCGCUUGCCGAGCAAAAGCUCGGCCCCGCGCCCGUGCCGUGGCUGUGGCUCGCCUGCGGCAGCCAGGGACGCAUGGAACAGACCGGCGUCUCCGAUCAGGACAACUGCCUGUUCCUGUCCGACGAUUACGACGAAGACGCCCAUGGCGGGUAUUUCGCCGAGUUCGCCAGGUUCGUCUCCGACGGGCUGGACGCGGUGGGCUAUUUCUACUGCCCCGGCGACAUGAUGGCGACCAAUCCCAAAUGGCGUCAGCCGGUGCGCGUCUGGCGCCGCUAUUUCGACAACUGGAUCGCCAAGCCCGACCCGAUGGCGCAAAUGCUGGCGAGCGUCAUGUUCGACCUGCGGCCGAUCGCGGGCGACGAAACGCUGUUCGGCGAUCUCAAUGUGCGCACGCUCGAAAAAGCGAGCAAGGAUUCCAUCUUCCGCGCCCACAUGAUCGCCAACUCGCUGACCCACACCCCGCCGCUCGGCCUGUUCGGCGGGCUCAGCUAUGUACGCGACGGCGAACACAAGAACGCGAUCGACAUGAAGCUCUCCGGCGUCGUGCCGAUCACCGAUCUUGGCCGCGCCUAUGCGCUGGAAGGCCGCAUCGAGGCCGUCAACACGCGCCAGCGGCUGAUCACGGCCCGCGACAUGGACGGCAUCCUGUCCAAGACCGGCGGCAGCGACCUGAUCGACGCCUACGACCUGAUCGUCGAGCUGCGCCUCAAGCACCAGACCGCGCAGAUCCGCGCCGGCGGCAAGCCCGACAACUUCAUGGUGCCCGACACGCUGUCCGCGCUCGAACGCAACCAUCUCAAGGACGCCUUUUCCGUGGUCAAGACGCUGCAAUCGGGGAUCCAAGUCAUGCUGCUCACAUUCAUUGGCGCCAUUGUUCUGGCCAUCGGCUGCGUCGGUAUGGUGUCCCUGGCGUUCCGCGCCACCGGGCGCAAGACGCCCAAGGGCGUGCUGCCGCUGACCGCCGGCGUCGCGAUGAUCGCCUUCAUCGCCUAUAUCGAGAACUCCUGGUACAGCCGGAUCGUCGCCGACCUGCCCGAAAGCCAUGUCGUCGUGGCCACCGGCGAACCCUUUUCCAACUUCAUCCAGCCCUGGACGCUGAUCUUCCCGCGCAUCAAUCGCUUCAUGCUGGUCGAUACCGCCACCGUCCGCGUCAACCAGGCCGAUCCGUCGCUGCGCCUUGCCGAAGUGAUCCUCGUCCAGCGCUAUGCGCGCACCAUCGUCACCCGUCAGGUGAUCGAUUGCGAAAACGCCCGCCGCGCAGACCUGACCGACGAUAUCGUGCUGGACGAUGCCGGCCUGCCGAAGAUCGACAACUGGCAGGACAUCCCGGCCGACGGCGAGUUGCUCGGCACGGUGUGCAACGCGCCGGUCACCUCCGUGGAAACCGGCGUCCGCAACAUGCACUGGGUGGAGCGCCUCAGCCUGCGCGCCCGCAUUGCCCUGUUCUUUGCGCUGAUCGGUGCGGUCAGCGUGGCGCUGCUGGUCGCCGCGAUCGUCUGGCUGUCGAUCCGCCUUGGCGCCGAGGCGGCCGACCAUAUCGUGCUGAUCGUCGGCGGUUCCGCCUUUGCCAUCGCCGGUCUGAUCGCCUGGGUGGCGCUCAAGUUCGACGAGAACCUCGCCAAGCCGCUGAUGGCCAUCGCCGCCGAUCUCAAGACCAUAGCCCACAGCGACGGCAAGGCGAUGAAGCUCGACAGCGAGGGCGAAUAUCUGGGCAUGAUCGCGCCCGCCGCGCGCGAAGUGUCGAGCGCGCUGAUCGAGGCGCGCGAGCGCACCGAUGCCGCCAUCGAAACCGCGAUGCGCGACGCCGCGCGCCAGAAGGCGGCGCUGGAGGCGCUGUUGCGCGACCUGCAUCAGGGCCUUGUCGUGUGCACCAUGACCGGCCGCGUCACGCUCUACAAUCAUCGCGCCGUCGAAAUCCUCCAUGUCGAGGAAUUCCGGCGUGACGACCCCGCCUCGACCGACGUGAUGAUCGGGUCGCUCGGCCUUGGCCGCGAUUUCUUCAACAUUGUCGAUGCGGCGCCAUUCAGCGCAGCGCUCAGCGCCUUCGAGGCGCCGGCCGACCCGUCCAACCCGCUGCCGAUCGAGGGGCUCGGAUCGUUCCCGAUCGUCUUUUCGACCUGCGACGGCGCCGUGACGAUGCGCGGCCAGGUCGCGCUGCGCCUCAACGAGGCGGGCAACGCGCCGGCCGGCUUCAUCACCGUCUUCGACGAUAUCACCACCGAACUGGCCGCAGGCCUCGAACGCGACCGGGUACUGCGCGAGGCGAUCGACGGCAUCCGCACGGCGAUCGAUGACAGCGGCGAAACGCCGGCAUCUGCACCGUUGACCACAGCGCUCAAGCGCCUGGAACUGGCAUCGAACAACAUCAUCGCCUCGGCCUGGCCGAUGGCCGAUGUGGCUGCAGGCCGGCUGUUCGGCGCCGUGCGCAAGACACUUUCAGGAAGCGCCGUCGCCGUCGAAACCGCCGGAAAUGGCGAACUCAUCCAUGCCGACAGCGCCACGCUGAUCGCCCUGCUGCGCAACCUCGCCGACGGGCUGGCCGAACGCGGCGAUGUCGAAAAACUCGCUCUGAAGGCGAGCGGCUUGGGCCAUGCGCGGCAGAUCGCCAUCACCGUGACCGGCGCGCCGCCCGGCGCGGCAUGGCUGGAGGCGCGCCUGUCGGAAAACGCCGAUGCCGGCACCGCCUUCCUGUCGGGCCGCUCGAUCCUCGAACGCCAUUGCGCGACGGCGACCGUGAAGGGCGAUACCAUCCUGAUCGAUUUCCCCGUCAAUACCGGCGCACGCGGAACGACCGGCAAGGACACCGCGCCGGUGCUCGAUGCGCGGCCCGAAUUUUACGAUUUCGACCUGUUCGAGCGCGACACGUCCAAAGACCUGCUCGACGUGCCCCUCAGCGAACUGCAUGCCGUGGUCUUCGACUGCGAGAUGACCGGGCUCGAUCCGCGCCGCGGCGACGAGAUCGUCUCGAUCGCCGGCGCGCGCGUGGUCAACGGGCGGGUGUUGAGCGGCGAGAUCUUCGAUCUUUUCGUCAAUCCCGGACGGACCAUCCCGGCGGCCUCGACCAACAUUCAUCACAUCACCGACGCCAUGGUCGCCGAUGCGCCCUUGAUCCCCUCCGCGCUCAAGCGCUUUCACGCCUUUGCCAAGGACCAGGUGCUUGUGGCCCACAAUGCCGCCUUCGACAUGGCGUUCCUGGCCAAGGGCGAGAAGGCGGCCGGUGUCAAGUUCGACAAUGUCGUGCUCGACACGGUUCUGCUCGCCGCGCACCUGCAGGGUGCCGAGAGCGAAUUGUCGCUGGACGGGCUGGCCGAGCGGUUCAAUGUCGAGAUCGCGGAGCACGACCGCCACACGGCGCGCGGCGACGCGAUCGCCACGGCUCAUGUCUUCGUCAAGCUGAUCCGGCUGCUCGAGGCGAGCGGCGUCGUCACGCUGGGCGACGCGCUGCGCGUUUCCGAGGACCAGAACGGAAAAGCCAUGCGGACUUCGCUCUCGCCGCCCGCCCCGACGACCUUGUUCAUGCUGGCCGCCCUUCCGCCAUUGACGUUGAACAUGAUCGUGCCGUCGCUGACCAACAUCGCUGCGGACCUGAAGGCCGACUAUGCUGCCGUCAGCCUUGCACUCGGCGGCUACCUGGCGGUGACGGCACUGGCCGAACUGGCCAUAGGUCCGGUCGCCGAUCGCAUCGGCCGCCGUCCGGUCCUGCUCUCAGCGCUCACCCUCUUCACCAUUGGCUCGGCCGGCUGCGCAUUGGCGCAAAGCGUGACCAUGCUGUUGGGUUUCAGAAUGCUUCAGGCCGGCGCAAUUGCCGGCUUCGUCCUGUCGCUGGCCAUCGUGCGUGACCUGGAAGACGGCCCGGACGUCGCGCGGCGGCUCGGCCGAAUCAGCAUGGUCAUGGCAAUCGCCCCAAUGCUCGGCCCUAUCCUCGGCAGCUUGCUCGAUGUCGCGGUCGGCUGGCGGGCCGUGUUUGCGCUCUAUGCUGUCUUGGGCGCUGGCCUCUUGCUGCGUGUCUGGACCGACCUUGGUGAGACCCUGCCCCACGCAUCGGGCGUUGAAGACCCGCAUGCCCGGAAGGCGUCGCGGCUCCUCGGCGAACCCCUCUUCUGGUGCUACGCGCUCUGCACCGCCUUUUCGACCGGUGCGUUUUUUGUUUUCAUCGCCGGCGCGCCGCUGAUCGCGGUCACCGCGUUCGGGAUCACGACGGCGCAAUUGGGUGCCAUCGUCGGCUCGAUCACUGCCGGCUUUUUGAUCGGCAGCUUUCUCACCACCCGUUUGGUUCUGCGCUUCGCCCCCGACAUGGUGAUGCUUGCAGGACGCAUCGUCGCAUGCGUGGGAAUGCUGUCGGGUCUUGCCAUCCUGGGAGCCGGUAUCGCCACACCCUUCACCUUUUUCGGCUGCACCGUUUUCGUUGGAUUGGGCAACGGGCUGACGAUGCCCAACGCCAACGCGGGCGCCAUGUCAGUCCGGCCGCAUCUGGCCGGCAGCGCGGCGGGCGUCACCGGCGCGCUGACACUGGCCGGCGGCGCACCCUGA